ACCGCCGGGACACCGGGCCGGGCCUUGCGCCCCCGACCCACCGCCGGGACCCUCGCCCCGGGCUUAGCGCCCCCGAUCCACCGCCGGGAGCCUCGCCCUGGGGUAGGGACUGUAGCGGCCCCAGCUCGGGGGUCCUUCCCCCGCAGCUCCCCGGGGCCGGGAUGUCACGGAAGGAGUUGGAGAGUCCCGAGCCGGAGGUGGCGGCGGGGGACGGGCCCAUCCCGGCGGAUUUGGGUGAGGACGAAUCCCCCGGCAAGGAUCCGGACAGGCCGUGUGCGGAGCCAGCGCUGAGCCACCGCUCGUCCCUGUACUUCGCCUCUCUGGCGGACACCAUGGAGGGGCUGAAGCAGCAGGCGCGGGACGUCUGCAACCGCCUCACCGACACGCGCCGGGAGGACCAAACGCUGCUGAACGGCUUCAGGGACAACCUCCUGCUAAAGGUCUCGGAGCUGACGGAGCAGCUGGACGAGCGGCUCUUCCGCUCCUACGACUUCCACAACAAGCUGAUGGAGGAGAGGCUGCAGGAGCUGAGCGAGGUGACGGAGCGCUCCGAGAAGGUGCACGCGGAGCUGCGCCACAUCUGCUGCACCCUCGAGGCGGUGUAUCAGGAUCUCUGCCUGCCCGAGGACUGAGGGCACCCCCAGACGUGAGCGGGAACCCCCCCAAACCCACGGGAUCGCAGGGCUGUGCCGGUCAAAGGGGGAUUUUGGCCCCAAAGGGCUUUUCUGUUACUCUUGCUGUUGCUGUUGGUGGUUGGAAC